UGCAAUUGCAGUUCCGUGCUCGCAUGCACGAUCUAUGCACCGCGCGCCAAAACUAACCUAAAAACCACAGACAACGGCCCAAAUUAAAACCUGAAAAACAUGACAGUUCAAAUUCGAAUUCCGAAUGUUCUAAUUUCGAUGUGAAAACUUCUACGUGAGGACUGCAAGUGGGAAAGAGAUGACUAUGCCUCCCCGCGUCCGCUAUUUCUGUGACGUCGACCGGUGCAUAGCGAAAUAAUAUAAUGAAAAGUGGCAUUCAGUAAAUUCGUUGUGUUUACGCGCGUUGCAAGUUUAUUUGGUUAACGGUGUUAUUUUUUUCGUACAAGCUCCUGCUAUCACGUUUUCUAGUGAAGUGGCGCCACCUACUGUGUCCUAUAUUCCCGCUCCCACAGUUGGCUGUGAUCACGGUGCUGUCAAAACAAUAGCGGGAUUUUUGGAAAAAACUCAGUGACGAUGGGCGAAGUUGUGGCGCAUUUUGGAGUGGUGAAACAGUGGCGGGAUCACAUCGCGGAAAAUUGAGCUAGCGGUGUUUUUUCCAAACUUAACCUACGACAAUUCUCAGUUGCGCGCGAGCGGCGUCCGCACGCGCCUCGCGUACUAUUCGCAACUCUUUCGCACUCGAAAUUUGCCGAAUGGAAACCGAAAACGAGACAAAACCCGCCGAAUUCGUAUUCCGAAGUUCGCGUGGACAUUCGAAACGUUCCAUUUUCGAACGCGACCGAAGUCGGCCGUUCGAUGACCUUAUAAAGUGAAACAAUUUUUAUCUUUCACUUUGCUCAAUUUUGUGAUUUAGACAUAGUGCCUUUCGCGUACAAACUAAUGGAAUUUUGUGAUGAUAUAGUGCAAAGUUAUAUAGACUAAGUUAUUAUAAAGACAGAGUUAGAUACGUGUAUACAGACGUUUUAUAAAGUGCUUAUGGACAAAUACUGCGAAUACUUUAGGGUUGCCGCGCUCGUGCCAUGGCGGAGUGUUCGUUCGCGCGCUGUCAGCAGGAACGUCGAGCCAUACGCAAGGAGCUGCAGAGGUGGACCAAGAAUAUGGUGUAUAUACUCGGUCUAGAACGGGUGGCAGAGGAGUUGAUGGGGCGAAGAAAAUGGAAACUUUAUCAAGACGCAUUAAUACCAAAGCGUGGCGACGCCCAAUCCAGCGACGAAGACUCCAUGCCUUCCACCGACCCCCCACCGGCUUUGAAAAUCAAAACCAUAGAGCAGAUAAACGAGGACGAACGUCCAGAGAAACGGCCAGAGACAAUUCUAGAAAGUUUGAUCAAAAGGCCGGCGACCCAGCCGAAGGUAGAAGUAGACGAACCUACAGAUUGGAAGCCACCAGAUAAAUGCUAUUUCUGUGUGGAUGGAGAUGGGAAGGGUGAGAGAGACAAGGACAAGGAGAGAGAGAGAGAAGAGAGGCCGGCAGGUGGAGCCAGUAGUCCAGCCUCGGAGUCGGACAGCAGCUCGGUGUCGGGCGCUAAGAGCCCGGCCGCGCCGCCGUUGCUUCACCAUCUGUUGCAGAUGCAACUGCAGGCGCAGACACCGCAGGCCAUUGCACAGUUCCAGCAGAUGGCGGCCGCGCUGGCGACGCUGGGCUCGGGGCUUAUGCCGCCCGCGCUGACACAGCUCAUGUUGCUGCAGCGGCUGGCGCACCGGCAGCAAGCGGACAGAUUACCAGAGUCAGACAAGGCGCCGCCGCCAUCAUCCCCGACCCUGGCCGAGCAGCCCCUGGACCUGAGCGCCAAGUCUACCUCCAGCACGAGCGGCACCCCACCUCCCGACUCCAAGAUCCUUGAUAACAGGUUGAAGCGCACAGCCAUCGAGAGUGCCGGCAACAGCCAACGUCGCACGUACACUGAAGACGAGCUACAGUCAGCUCUAAGGGACAUCCAGUCCGGUCGGCUCGGCACACGGCGCGCCGCCGCCGUCUACGGCAUACCCCGCUCCACCCUCCGCAACAAAGUCAACAAGUUCGGCCUCAACCCCGACCCCCACGACUCCGACCCCGACAGCGACCCCGAACGAUCAGACUCCCCGCCAUCGGUUAUCCUCAAAAUACCAACGUUCCCACCUCCGGACGAAAACAGCCCCUCUCCUGCCAGCGUCACCACUCCCGUCACACCGAUCACUCCUAUGAUCCCCCCGCCGCAGCCCCCAGUCAACCCUCCCCCGCAUCUGCCAGCCUUCUUCGCCGAUCCACCAAACCAGCUCUUCACAUCCAUCAACGACGUCAUAGUUAGGAGCAUCAGCCAGAAAUUUCAGCAUCCUGACAGACCACCGCAGGCCAACGAUUUGCAACACUUCAUGCGAGCGCCGGAACGACACGUCUCCGUCAUCAAAACACCUCCGGAAAACCAGAGGAACUACUCCGCUCCGAGCAAUUCUAGAGCCCAGUCUAAUAAUAAUGGCCAGCCUGCGACAGGCGGCAAGGGCACGCGACCUAAACGAGGGAAGUAUAGAAAUUACGACAGAGACAGCCUCGUCGAAGCAGUUAAGGCGGUCCAACGUGGCGAAAUGUCCGUACAUCGAGCCGGCUCAUAUUAUGGCGUGCCUCAUUCCACUCUGGAAUACAAAGUUAAAGAGCGGCAUCUCAUGCGGCCGAGGAAACGAGAGCCGAAACCGCAGCAGGAUAUAAAGCCGCAGCCGCCAAAGCCUCAGCCUCCGAAGCCCCCUACGAAGCCCUUCUCCAACGGCCUAAAUGGACCGGAGACGUCUGGGUACCCACCGAGCUACCCGUUCUGGCCAAACGCUGGCUUCCCACCGCCAUCUCCCGAUUUAUACGCGUCGCAUAUGAUGCGACGGCUGCGCGAAGAAGCCCCUCCGCCAGCAAACGGGUCGUUUCUAGAAGGUAUCAUCAGGUCGAGCCUCGAGCGGCCCCGCGCGGCGUUGCUGCAGCAGCUGACGGCGGAGCCGCGGCCGCCGAUGCCGUCGGCUGAGGCGCCCAGCUUGCUGCGGCGACUGGCCGGCUCGCCCGCGGACGACGGGCCCCCAGCGCGCCGUCCUCGCAUGGACAACGCGGACUUGGCGGCCGACAUCCGCGACACGGUGCAGCGGCUGCGAGCGGACAAGCUGCGGCCGCGCAACGGCACGCCGACCCCGCCGGGCGCCGCGUCGCCGCCGCACGCGCCGCCGCUCGCCGCCCCGCCCGCCGCGCCGCCCGACCGCGCCUAGUACUGGCGCCUGCUGCAGUUCCAGUGACUCUAGUGUUAGCUCCUAGUGCUGGUCGCCCGGAUUGUGAGCCGAGACUCCGAUCUCCUCAGUCUUGUGAUAAUAUUAUGUAAAGUACAUUCCUUUGGGAGAGGCGCUCGCGCCGACUCGUUCGCUCCGAAUCCGCCGUAUCGCAUCGCGACUUAGUGUGCAAUAGAACGUUUGAUUCUUCAUACAAACUCACGUAUUAUUUGUGUAUACUGUUGUAGUGACAAUAACGUUAGUUACAGGCUUUUAUUCGUAUUUUGCAGAUCGACUGGGUUGGAUCGGUUCGCGUUACAUUUUCAUACUCUAGUACUGCCGGUUUCCGUUUUGCUUCCUCAGCCCAGGCUAUCUCUCACAGUUUAUCUUCACAUAAUCACCAAAUAUCACAAUAGUUACCUAAAAGUCACAACCAGUUCAAUGUACCACAGCUUUACUUAUACAAUAUCGCAACAAACUGAAUACCGUUAGUUCACGAAGAUCGGAAAUUUCGGAUGAUGUAGCUGUGGCAUCUUUGGUGUCUAUAAAACACUCUUUUUUAAUUAGAAAGACAUUAAUUUUUAACAUUUUAUGCGUAACUUAUAUAAAAUAUAUUAUUAUGUAUCGCGUUUAAAAAAGAUUCUAGUAUCUAGGAUACCACAGCGACACAAGGAUUGUACAAAAUUUUUGCAAAACAGGAGCCUCAAUUUUUGACCUUGUUUUAAGUAAAAGACAACCAAAAGUUAACGUUAAAAAUUAAAUAUUUAAAUAAUUUUAAGUAAAUAAAAAAACAAUGUAACAAAUUAAAUAUAAAGCUAGCUAUGAGUGUAAAUGUUAUCGAUUUUUAAGUGAACUAUUGCAGAUUUGUGCGUGUUUUUUAUAAUUAGAUAGGUAAUAUAUUGAAUGAAAUUAUUAGUGCUAUAUGCGUAGAACGGUUUGCGCACCGUCUUUUUCUAACGCGAGAUUAAAGAAAAGGACAAGUAGUACAGUUCGGACUUAUGUGCAAUUAUUAUUUUGUAAAAAAUAGUAAUUUAACUGUGUCUAAGCUAGCACGUGGGUUUCCAUAUUACUGAAUGUGAUAUUUAGGUAUUAUGAGCGGGGCUGGCUUGCCGACGCAAGGCCGGGCCGCGCGCCUCGCCUCGGCCUCGGCUGGACUAACAUACGUGUAUGUAUGUCUAGUGAACUUAUAUAUAUAUUUUAUGUACUCGAUUAUUGUAUCUUAAGAAGAUAUAUCCUUAUUUUUCAAGGUCCAAGUUUUAAAUGUUUUAUCGACUAUACAAAAGUGUGAAUAAUCAUUAUUAUAUUCUUGUCAACUUUAAAAAUUAUUAUCCCAAAAAUCCUUAAAAAAAAAAGUAAAGUAAUUGAUAUCUUCAAGUUUGUGAAAUUUUUUGGUGUUCAAUCAAAAGUAUAUUAUUGAAAUACGAGAUGAAAAAAAAUGUAUACGCUCUCCCAAGAUAAAUUUAGGUGAAAACUAUUUGGAUAUAAAUUAUCAUACGAUAGAUAUUGUAAGUAAUGUGUACAUGUGCGCCUCAUGGAAAUUAAGAAGUCUUUGUAUUAUGUAUGUAAUUAAAAUAUACAUAUAUUAUAUACAAGUUAUAAAAUAAUGUCAUACAUUUUUCUUCGGAGACCACGAAUCGUGCAAAAUAGAAUAGAGAGGAGCCACUCGAAAUCUCGAUUUAAUAUUCAAUCCAUGGACUGAAAACUUAUUAAACAUUAGUAAAAAAGUAAAAAUACGAUAUCCAAAUCAUAAUACAUAUCCCGAUCGUCGAGAUGUCGAGUGCCUCCUCUUAAGAAAAAAAAAAACAAAAAUUUUUAUAUUCAAAAUUUUAAGCUAGUCGAUAGCAUCUUUCUCGUUUAUUUCUCUGUGCAUAAUUUUUGACGUCUUUUUAGCAUUUAUUAAAAAAAAUCGUUCUAUAUUCAACGUUACGUGCAUUUAUCUAUACAAUGUUUUUACAUUGUAGAAAUUGUGAAAAAAAUUGUCAUGUUCAGUACAGCCCCCAUCAGACUGCAUUUCGAAUUUAGUUCGAGAAGAAAAGGAAAGAAAAAAAAUAACGAACAACAUUUAUAAGAUACGUACACGAAUCAGUGUCACGCCAGGCGUUUGUUGAUAGCUUAAAACGGUUAUUUUUGUGUAAGUUUGUACAGAAAUAUAGGAUGGGACAUUUUGCAAAGAGAACCUAGAUAUUAAUCAACAUUCCGUUUAGAAUGUUACUAGUUUUUUUUUUAUUAUAAUAUAAAAAAAAAUAUUUUUUUCACAUCGGGAACAAAUUAUGUUGUUUAAUCUUAUUUUGUAACGUUAGUUAAUUUUAAGUGGCUUUAUUUUAAUAUAACCUUAUAUAUGAUAAUAUUAUAUUGAGAUGUUAAACAUGUCAUUGUUUUUGUGCAAAGUGUUUGGGGUUGAAACCCGGGUUUAAGAGAGAUGUGACUGAUAUGUAGUAGAUAAAGCCGAGUGCUGGAGCACCGGCAUCAGGUCUGUACAAAGGUAUACGCCGCCUUAACACUUAAAAUGUUAUUCUCAGUGGUCUCUCUUCAUUAAAAUGAUCGACUGUGCAAUGAAAUGUAGCUAAUUUCUACAAGUUUACAAGAAUGCUGAAUCCAAAGCAAUUUCCGGACAGUCGUUUAUUUGAAAUAAAAAAAAAACAUGUUUUCAACAAUUUCUAAAAUUGUACUGCCUCAUAUAUAAUACCUCAUUUAAAUAGAAAACAUUGAGUGGAACAUUCCUAACUUAAAAUAAUACAAGUAAUUUUUCGUCACAGUCAAUCAUGAGUUUACUUUUGUGACAAAAUCAUGUGUGACAAAACAAUUACACUUUUUAACCCGACAGUACUAAGGAAACAUGUUUUUUUCAUGAGAGACCACUGGUUUAUUAGUGAAUCAUUUUUAUUGUAUAUUGUUCAAUCAUUUUUCCACAUAGUUUAAGAAUUUUAGUUAAUACAGUAGUGUAAUUUUCAAUUAAUAGGUAGCAGGUAGUGAUUCUUUAAUAUUUUGUUAAUUUUUUUCGUAAAUGUAAUAAAUCUACAUAAGGGUUAGGUUAGUAUCUUGAACGGUCUACGACGGUCCAGGAACAAAAAGACAAUGAAGAGAAAUUGCAUUUUUAAUUACACUUUAAGAUUCCGCGAGAUUUGUAUGUGUUUCUUAUGAGUGCGCUCAUUCAUUUGAUUAAAACAUCACGCAUAUGAAUAUGAUCUUAAUUUUUAUUGUAUUUUACAAAACGAGAAAUUUAAUGUACCUUAUAUAUUUUUUAUCAACGAGAAAUUAACAUGUAUUGAUUUAUAUUUUAGAAUAAAAUGCGUGAAGUUUUAGUUACAUGAAAUUUACGAAAAGACAUCGCCAGCCGUUAUAACUGAGCAUUUGAACACAGGUUUGUUGUUUCUUUGUUACUAAUAACUUUAGUACAGUCAAUACAUAGAUAUCCAGUGAUGUUGUCACUCCUUUUUCACGUUUGACAUCGUUUUCACGGUUCGAAUUUUUGUGGCAAAGAAUAAAUAUUUGUGUAUUCGACUGUACUUACAUUUGGGAGUUUUCAACUGACGACUUUCAGUUUUGGUAACAUUUUUAUUUUUAUUUUUGCCUCGUUAGUUGAAAAUCGAAUGAAUGUGUGCUUCACUUGAUUGUCACUCGUUUUCUUUUAAAACUGUAUUUCUAGGCGAUUAAUUUUAACCAUUGAAUAUUGUAUUACUACAACAGUUAUUGUAUUGUUGCAACAAUUAUUGUAUUAUUACAAAAAUAAUUGACAUAUUAAAAUUGAACAUUUAGAACUAUCGUGGAAUGAGUAGGAGAUUGAGACAGUGAUGUAACAAUUCUCUUUGUUUUUCUUUUUGUAAAAAAAAUGUGUACAACAAAAAGCAUUUAAUUUUAGACAUAUUAAAUGUAAUGUUAUCUUUAUUGAAUGGGUAGUGUAAAUUCGACUAAUACGGUAUUUAUUGAGAAUAAACGCUUAUUGUAGCACAUCACACGCUGGGGAACUAUCUUCGUUACGAGAAGGUUUCUUUGCAAAGUUUUGAAUAGGAGUUUAAUUGUGAUUGGACACAUACAAAAACUUGAAUUCUGGUAAUGGACCAAUGUAUAAGAUAGGCACUGUUACUUCCUAAAGAAGGGCUCAUGUUUUUUUUUUAAUAAUAUAUAGGUACAGCUAAAGGAGCUAACUGAGAUCAAAUUAUAAUAUUGUUAUUUAAUUAUUGAGUACAAGUUUUAAUGGAAUAUUUUUUUUUUUCAAUAUACCUUACUCGCUCUAUUUUUUGUUAUUUUGUUCCUUUAGUUUCUAUUAUUAUUGUUUAAUUGUCAUAUAACAGAUAAAUAGACGAUUGUGUUAAUUUUAGCGACUCAUUAAUAAUUAUUUUUAUUGAUAAAUUAUGAAUAUUAUAUAUUUUUCACUUCCUCAGUAAAAAGUGAUGUUCAUAGAUUUAUUAUUGUUCUGUAAUUUCGAAAAAAGAAAAUUGGCAUAAAUCGUUAUUGGCGAAGCACUUUAAAUCUAGUCAAAUUAUGAAUGGAAAUUUUGGAAAGUUAAGCUUAAAGCGGCGAUUUGACUGACUUUUUGAUGGAGAGUUUAAAAAAAAACACGUCCAAAAUUGUCGCAAGGCGACAAAAAAAUGAUUUGAUCCUGUGGAAUUGUAGACAAUUUGUAAAAAAAAAAAAAAACUGUUUCUUACGUAUACUAAUAACUUAGAUUCAUUUGAGGUGAAUUUUUUCAUGUAAUGUCCUGUAUCUAUAAGAACUUUAUUCUUACGUCAUUUCAUGGCUGGUAGGCAGGUGAGAAUGUGCAAGGAUAUUUAAAACCUGUAUACAAUAAAUUUCUUUCAUUUGUUGA